GCUGGUAGCUUGCCGCCGCCUCUAUCUUGUUGCAAUCAGUAGUCGUACGGAAACUCUCCGGCAAACGAGUUCGGCACAGCAUCGUCAUACGGCGUCUCGGUCGUCGUUGUCGCGCGGUUCGUUGUCUCUGAGUCACCACAAGUGUCACGGUUAAGGCAGUGCAGUGCGGAGCGGGUUUAGCCGCGUGUGUGGUGGGUUCUUUGCGCGAAGUAGCGACAGGCCGUGGAACUGUGUUCUUUGCACGGGGUCUCCUUUGUGGCGGGUUCGGGUGUGUUCCGUGGGUUGGAUAGGAGAUUUGCGUUUCACCGGGAGUAUCAAUUGGUCAGUUUUUGGGCUCUGGGCUGAGCCAGGCUACUUGACGGGCCGCUCCGCGGAGGUCCUCGUAGUGAAUUUUCCUCGGCAAAGUGCAGUUGUGGCGAGGUGAUCUAGUGGUCAAGCGAAAGAGUGGGUCCUGCGAAGCAAUCGCAGCAAGCGGAAGGUGAAAUUUUUGAAUUUGAAUGUCAUGGUGAUGAAAUUGCGAAUUGAUGCGAAAAAGAUCAUCGCCUACUGAUUUUCGGUCAAGUGAGCAGAAGUAGAAGAAGAGAAGAGGGAAUUUGCACACUCUCGCUUUCCAGUGCUUUUGAGAUUGCACUUUCUGGACGGUCAAGAGUCUGUGAAUAGAAGAACUAAAAACACAAGGAAGAGUUGACGGCUCCAUAUCAGCAGGAGUGCAGUGCAUGUUGCCUGAUGCUGAAGCGUACGGAGAAGUACAAGGAGCAACAUCCGUGAAUGUGUAUGCGUGCGUAUUUUGUUUGUGCGGCUAUCUCCACUCGCUCAUUUUGCUGCAAAUAAGGAGUAGGGGAAUGAAAACAAAGUAGAAUCCGUGCAGCGAUUCUAUCGUCGUCUCCGUUGUCCUUGUUAUAGGACUAUCGCUGGAUGCAAAGGGAAACGAUGUGAAUGAAUUUAUCAGCGCGAAUCGGGAGUGUAGAAACCAAACAAAAAGAGGGAAAAUGUGAAUGAUAAACGAUUGUUAUCAGCAGUGAGUGAAAUUUCAAGGCGAAGAAUAUCGAUCUGCAACCGGGUGUCUAUCCGUAUCUCGUGUAUGUGAGAGUUGGUGCUGGUGCAUGAGUUAUUGAAUCGUCUCGCGGGUGAUAAGAGCAGGCCUGCUACAUUGCUCCUUUUGCUCCUCGGUCGAGGAGGAAGAGAAAGCGCAUUUGUGUUCAGUGCGUGAAAAAGUGUGAUAUUGUCCCUGCAAAAAAUAAUUUCAAAUUCAAAAUGUGCGACAAUGAGAGUGCGGUUAGCUCCACUGCCGGAGCCAACGGCAACAAUAACAACAACAACAACAAUACCAACGGAACUCCCACAACCAAUGGAUUGCUGGUAGAGGCCAUCAAUCCGGCGGUUCACAUGGCAAGCUCCCUGUCGGCACCGUCGAUGCAACAGCAGAUUCAGAAGCAGCAGCAGAAUGAGUUCUUAACUGCUCAGGAUCUGGCCAUGGAGAACCACUGGUUGCGGGAGAAAUUGAAGGAGGUGACGUCCGAUCGUGAUCGGCUACUGUGCGAGGUGGCCAACCUGCGGCUGGAGUUGGAUAUGGCAGAGCUCAAGCGGCUUCCCGAAGACAGGUAUGGACCGAAUUCGGCGACCCACGAUUGGAAUCAUAAUAGCUAAUAGCCGGUGGCGUUGUUGAUUAUGCGCUCUUUGAAUUCGCCCUGGAAGUCCGUUUAUGGCCGUGUCGUAUGUAGGUAUUUCGUGUCAAAGCUCAACAAUAACAAUGAGAAACGGUUUGCAUCACGAGAACGAUACUGAGGCUGAUUCUGACGACGAAUGAUUCAUGAUCUGCAUCAUUGCAGUUUGACUUUGAAAUGAAGCGAAGAUGAUAGACAGCUGGACAAUCGU